GCAGCUCGAGCGGGCAGCGGCAUCUGAGAGCGGAGCGUCUCGGAGGAGCUCUGCGCGUGCGACCGGACAUUCAUAACACAGAGCCCCUGAACGGAUCUAUUGGUUUUAUUUCCUGGGCUUUUUUUUUGUGUGUGUGUUUUUUAACGGAUACUUGUUUGACGCUCAACAUGGCUGUGACCGAAGCUGGGUGCGAUCUAACUUACUGCAAAAUGAGGGGGAUUGUGGCCGUUUUAACCGCUUUCAUCAAGGAGAGAAAAAUGGGGUUGAAUGACUUCAUCCAGAAGCUGGUGUCUACCCCACAUAUCUGCCAACAUGUUGAAGUUAACAACUUCCUCAAGAUUGAUGAGAAUCAAAACGAGGAGGUGGAAAAUGAUGAACUUCCAGAAAGUCCGAUGUUUCUCCAUUCACGAAGUUCACUGGCUGAGGAGACUCAGAUCAAACCCUGUGAUUUUGACUACCUCAAAAUCAUCGGCAAAGGCAGCUUUGGAAAAGUUCUGCUCGCUCGACACAAAGAGUCGACCAAAUACUACGCUGUCAAAGUCCUGCAGAAGAAAAUCAUCCUGAAGAAGAAAGAGCAAAAGCAUAUCAUGGCUGAGCGAAGUGUGCUGAUGAAGAACAUCAAACACCCCUUCCUGGUUGGGCUGCACUAUUCGUUUCAGACGACUGACAAGCUGUACUUUGUGCUCGAUUAUGUAAACGGUGGAGAGUUGUUCUACCAUCUUCAGAGAGAGAGGAUCUUUCUGGAACCCAGAGCUCGGUUCUACGCUGCUGAAAUUGCAAGUGCACUUGGCUACCUCCACUCCCUCCACAUUGUGUACAGGGAUCUGAAGCCUGAGAACAUCCUCUUAGACUCACAAGGCCACAUUGUCCUCACAGACUUUGGACUCUGCAAAGAAGGUCUAGAGGCGAACGGCACUACAACAACCUUCUGCGGGACACCUGAGUAUCUUGCUCCGGAGGUUCUGCAGAAGCAGGCGUACGACCGCACCGUCGACUGGUGGUGUCUGGGAUCUGUGCUCUACGAGAUGCUCUAUGGACUUCCCCCGUUCUACAGCCGCAACACAGCUGAGAUGUACAACAACAUCCUCCACAAGGCUCCUGUUCUCAAGCCCAAUGUGUCGAACGCAGGCAGAGAACUACUCGAGGGUCUCCUUCAGAAGGACCGAACCAAGAGGCUGGGAGUGAAGGAUGACUUUCUCGAACUCAAGUACCACUCCUUCUUUUCUCCAAUUAACUGGGACGACCUGAUGGCCAAAAAGAUCACACCUCCAUUUGUCCCCUCAGUGACCGGCCCCACAGACCUGCGACACUUCGACCCAGAGUUCACCCACCUCCCCGUGUCCUCAUCGCUGUGCACCGACACCCUGCAUGUGACGAGCAGCGUCAAGGAGGCGGCCGGCGCCUUCCCCGGCUUCUCCUACGGGCCUCCAGCCGAACACUCCUUCAUGUGAACGCCAACAUCUCCAAAAUGCUCUGAAGUGACUCGUUUUGACACCAGAGCAGGCUGGGACUUUACACGCCCUGAAAAGAGGAUCUAACUGACAACGUGGACAUCUAGGAGGGGUCGGUGGGGGCGGGGAUGGGAGUUGGAGGGGGGGUCUUGUGCAUGACUCGUGUACAGACGGGGACUCUCAUGUUACAGCAUCACUGGUUCUACUUUUUCUGCCUCAACCAUCCAAAAAACUUAACAUAUGCGUGCCAAGUAUGGAUGCAUUCUGUACUCCGGGGUCAGAAAACAUCACAUGUACCGGUGACGUGACAUGAAGAAAGAGAAGUGCCUGAGGUUCAAAAGGCAGUUCAGACGGCAGCAGCAGCACCAUUGGCAAGAGCCGGCUUUAUCAAAACCACAAAAACCACUGGACUUGAUCAGACUUUUGACCAAGGCUCUAGCCGUUCAUGGUGAUGCCUUCAUUACUUGUCUCUGCUUGUGUUUAAACUGUUUUCCGACGCACAUUUUGUUUUCAUGUCAACGCUCCAGUUGCACUCGAGGAAACAAGGGUCAAGAAAAGUGAAACAUUCUGCAUCAGCUACAUGGGAUUAGACAACUACAACUUCUAAAUUCAUCAGAUCUCCACUUUGGACUUUUCAAUAUUGUACAUGUCUAGUGGACCAAACAGUUAACUGUGGCAUGCUUUAACGCAAACACUUUUUUCCUGACCAGUUUGUCCUCAUAAACUGAAGAUCAAAGUUUUACUGUACUGUGUUAAAAAACAACAACAACAAAAAAACAUUUACUGUAAAACCAAAUGGUUUUCAUUGUUUUAAUAACUCCAAACAUUCACAGUUUACUUUUAAGAAAGUUCUGCAUAUAUUAUAAAUCAUUUAAAUAUGUUUACUAGUAUAUAUAUAUAAAUAGAUCUUAAAAGAUUACUGUAUAUUUCCUUUGUCAUUAUCACCCAGUGAUGCCAGUAUCUGCUUAAAGACUUCUCUUAUUGAUCAAGAGGAUGCGACUUCAACCAGCAAUAACAGGCCUGCAUCAGUAAUAGCACACAUACUGUAUAUCAGUCUUCUUUUAAUUUAAAGUGAUUGCGGUUUUACUGCAAACAUCAGACUUUGAUCUAUUAUUAUUAUUAUUAUUAUUGUUGAAGGUUUUUGUAUUUAUGCAUCAUGUAGAGAAGAACUGUGAAUGUCUCGUGCCUGUCCAAGGCGGCCUGAUCCAUAUAUACUGUACAUAUCUGUUUUCCCUGAACCUUUUCGUCCCUUUUCAAGACCUAUACAUAUUCAGAAAAAAAAAAAGUGCUUCAUUAUAAAGAACCACUAGGUGGAGCAGGCGAUAGUGUUCCUGUCACUACCCUACUGUGUGAUAUGGUUCUGUAAAGUGCAAUAAACCCUUGAUGACUCUUUAAGAAUAAUGAUCAUUUUUAACACUUUAAGAAAUGGAAGUUGUCAUUUAAAUUCCAUUUUAAUGAAUAAUUCAAUGACAUUAAAGUAUCUUCAGUCAAAUUAUGUUUUGCCCCAUUGAGCCCCAUCAUUUUAAGAUAAGGUAAACAGUCAGUACAUUUUUCAUGCCUGCUG